AAAGUGGUCAAUAAACAUUGUUUUUCAUGUAUUUUUGAGUAAUUUAUUAAAUAUAUUUAAUAAGUUUUGUAUUCUCGGCCAUUAUCACCUAAGCGGAAAUCUCGGACGUUACUCUGUAUAGUAAACAGUUGGUCGAAGGAAGUUGGAUCCCCAGUGUCCGAAAACUGAAAAACAACCCUUCCGGACUAGCGAAACAAAUCUAUUAUAAUUUGACUUGGAGGAUAAUUUGCAUUUACUUACUCCUGGAUACCGAAAGCCGGAAACAUAAAACCAGGACCGCACUAAAACAUGCCAAUUGACGAACAGGCCCAGCAACAAUCAUCCCAACAGCAGUCCCAAACAACAAUGAACCAGCCUAUUAAUGCCGAAGAUCCCCCAGCGGCCAAGGAUCCUCCACCGGAUGGAGGCAUACCGGAGGAAGAGGAGGAUGACGACGAGGAUGACGAUGAAGCCGGAACCGGAGGAGAGCUGGCCACUACCGAUGGCGGUCGCAGCUAUUCCAGCACCCAGGUUGCCUCCGCUGGCGGAGGUUUCUACGAGGAAGACGAGGAGGACGAAGAGGACGAACCGGAAGAGCAGUCCGGGCUGCGGCAAUUGUUUGCACCAAUCAGUGCGCAAGCUCAAAGCGAAGACGAGGAGGAUGGCGAUUACAUACCGGACGAGGAAGUCAAAAAGACGAUCAUGGUGGGUAGUGAUUUCCAGGCUCAGAUUCCGGAAGGACUUUGCCGGUACGACGAUGCGUUGCCUUAUGAAAAUGAAGACAAAUUACUCUGGAACCCGGAGAUACUGGCCGAAGACUUGAUAGUGGAAUAUUUGCAAAAAAUAGCUAGCGGCGCUGCCAGUAAUAAUGGGACACCUCAGACGAAUAGUGUGUUUUCGAUUCCGCUAGGGAAACAUCUCAGGGACGAUGAGCAGGGGCUUUACUUGUUACAGCAGUGCGGUCACAACAUGGAUGAGGCCCUGCGGAGAAAGCGCAUAAACGCUGUACCGGUAGCUGAUCAGCCGAUGAGUAUUUGGUCUGAGGAAGAGUGUCGAAAUUUUGAAAACGGGCUUCGGAUACAUGGGAAAGAUUUUCACAUGAUUCAACAAUCAAAAGUUCGAACACGUUCAGUGGGAGAGUUGGUUCAGUUCUACUACCUCUGGAAGAAAACUGAACGGCACGAUUUGUUCGCGAGCAAGGCGCGACUAGAGAAGAAAAAGUACAACCUACAUCCCGGACUGACCGACCACAUGGAUCGGUUCUUAGAGGAACAGGAAAAUAGUACCGGCUUCGGGGAUCGAAGCACAUCGCCAGGGAUCCAAAGCCUCUACACCGCCGCUGCCUCCGAAGCCAAACGGCAGCGUCUGAUGGAUUCGAAAGCUAGCACAGGAUCUUCGAAACGGUCUUCUUCGGCCCUGUGACUCUCUGUGACCCGCUGGAGAUUCUCGGCAGCAGGAUCGACUGCGGCUGCGGAAGCUCGCCGUCAUGAGUGAAAAUAAUCACGCCCAAGGAUGACCGGGAUAAUCGGUUACGGCGGGCUGAUCUGAUGGAAAUAAUCAAAACCAAUGGAAUCUACCAGCGUAUUAGAAAUGUAACUGUCAUGCAUUUUCAUUAUUCUACACAAUCAAAAGGCCCCGCCGAGAAUGUAUUCAUGGUGCAAUGGUGGACACUUUUAGUGAUAUCUAGAGGGUAUAUUGUACCUUGAUAAAAGGAGAACUACAAAUCGCAUCCAAUUUAAGAAUUUUGCUUCUACGUUUAGCUUAAUCGACAGUAAGUUAAUAAAACAUCGUACAAACACUAAUAAGUUUAAAUGACGUCGACACAGGGAGCAAGGUUAAAAAGUCACAAUAUGUAGUAGAAAAGUCGGAUAAUGUGGAACAUUUGUCCACUUCUGCAAAUACUGCUUUGAUUGAGCGAAAACUACUAAACUCGAAGCACUGUACAUGGCUGGGAAACAUUGCAUGAACACACAAAUUUGCAAAUAGAUUUUUUUUAUAUGGAAUCGAACAACCUUCAAAACAUAUGCUAGCUGCGAAAAUUUAUCGGACAUACCUAUAAAGGCAAGCAGUCAAAAUUGAACUUUCGGUAACAAAAAUGUAUAUUAGACUAGUUCACUUUUCGGCUUUUUUCGCUGAUCACAACGCCACUUACAGGGUUUGAUCCUAAUUCAUUUUCAAGAACUCUGGCCGAAUUUGAGCUCAUUUGAGUAAGUUUCCAGCGUGCGCUAGAAGUUUUAUUGAAAAAAGUCCAUUUUUCUGGAAAAUUUUCGUAGAUGUGUUCUAGCAAGCUGUUGUUUAUAUAAAAUGAUAAUUUUAUAGUGCUCGGUGAUUGGUAUGACAAGCAUUCGUAUGGACCUGUUUUAGAUAAUUGACUAAAUCAAACCGAAAAAAUUUAAAAAUUCAUAAACUACCAACUUUUACAGAAAAUUUACUUACAAUUUAAGAGCUUAAAAUCAGUAGUAAAUAGAAAAAAAUAUUUUCGAUAUAAACUUUUCAUAAAAAGAUAGCCUUAUUUAUAACCUUUAAUUUGAUGUAUAACACUUAAUUAUCGCAACAGUACAAGCAAAGAUAUUCAAACAUUCACAUCACAUUCUUUGAAUCAUAAUGUUAGCUCCAUUCAAGUUUUAGCAUCAUGCAACCUGCAAAACGUGGCAUCAAGAGGACUUGCUUACAACUUGAUCAAAGCGCGCGCUUUUUUUAACUCCUGGCCCCGUCAUGGGGUACUUGAUUGAAUAAAAUAUCCUUUCUUGUGCACAAGUUGGUGUGGAGCAAACUUGAAUGAAAAAUAUUUUAUCAAAUCAAAUUUGUUGCAUAGAUAAUUGAAUAACUUUGCUAGCACUCUUGCGAUCAUUAAGUGUUAUACAUCAAAUUAAAGGUUAUAAAUAAGGCUAUCUUUUUAUGAAAAGUUUAUAUCGAAAAUAUUUUUUUUUCUAUUUACUACUGAUUUUAAGCUCUCAACUUGUAAGUAAAUUUUCUGUAAAAGUUGGUAGUUUAUGAAUUUUUAAAUUUUUUCGGUUUGAUUUAGUCAAUUAUCUAAAACAGGUCCAUACGAAUGCUUGUCAUACCAAUCACCGAGCACUAUAAAAUUACCAUUUUAUAUUAACAACAGCUUGCUAGAACACAUCUACGAAAAUUUUCCAGAAAAAUUGACUUUUUUCAAUAAAACUCCUAGCGCACGCUGGAAACUUACUCAAAUGAGCUCAAAUUUGGCCAGAGUACUUGAAAAUAAAUGAGGAUCAAACCUUGUAAGUGGCGUUGUGAUCAGCGAAAAAAGCCGAAAAGUGAACUAGUCUAAUGUAUAUCCUAUCUGAUAAGUAAUACUGGCGC